UUUCAUUCUUCUUCUUUUCUCACUCUUCUUUUGUUCUUGUUUCGAAGCAUACUUACAAAUGGCGGAAAUCUCAAAGUCCAAAGAGUACGCUGCGUUCCGGAACAGCGUCGCUCUCAAGACGGUGGUCGGCGAGACGGUCGAAGGCGAGGACAAAGCCUGGCGCCUGUACGACUAUGGGCCGCGGUCGGUCGCCAGCCCGCUCAUCUUCUUCCCUCCCGCGUCAGGCACUGCCGAUGUCUACUUUAACCAGAUUGCCUCGCUGGGCAGUCAAGGCUACCGUGUGAUUGCUGUCGAGUACCCGCCGUACUGGACUCACACAAACUGGGCCGAGGGCUUCCGAAAGCUGCUGGAUGCGAUGGGAUUGAACAAGGUGCAUCUGUUUGGCGCAUCGCUGGGCGCGUUCUUGGCUCAAAAGUUUGCCGAGUACAUGUACAAGACCGAGCGCGUCCAGUCGCUCUUCUUGUGCAACGGCUUUCCGGACACGAGCGUUUUCACCGACAUGCCGUACGCUGGCACGUACUGGAUGAUUCCCGCCUUCUUGCUUCGACGACUGCUCCUGUCAAACUUCCCGGAGGCUUCCGUUGAGCCGCGUAUCGCUGAUUCGAUCGAUUUCAUGGUUGAACGGCUCGAGUCACUAAAGCAAGCCGAACUCGCAUCUCGAUUGACCCUCAACUGCCUUGAGGCGUACGUUGAGCCGCAAAAGCUCUCUCGCGUUCCAGUAACAAUCAUGGAUGUGUUUGACGAGUGUGCCAUUUCGAAUCGUGUCAAAGAAGAUCUCUACAAGUGCUAUCCGCACGCAAAGCUGGCCCAACUCAAGUCUGGAGGAAACUUCCCUUACCUUUCUCGCCCCGAAGAAGUGACCAUGUACAUUCAAGUGCAUUUGCGGCAAUUUACCGGGACGGACGUCGACCCUUGCGCAAACACGCUGGUUCAAACAUUGAAUAAUGCAGCUGCAGCGGCGGCGGCAACAUCGAGCAGUUCUUCUUCCAAGAAGAAUGGCAGUUCUGCAGACCUUCCCGCCACCACCACUACCACCACCGACACCACCACCACCACCGACAGCAGCAGCAGCAGCGGCAGCAGCAGUAGUAGCGCCUCGCAGUCAAGCAGCCGCAGCUCCGCCAAGGGCAAGCCCACCACUGCCGCCUCUGCGGCUCCGGCAAUCACCGCUCCCAAGCCUGCGCUGAAAGGCAAGGCGAAAGCCAGCGCAGCCGAAAUCCUCUUCCGCGACGAUGAGAUUGUCGACGUGAACAGCUCCAGCUCGUCGAGCAUUUUGAUUUGAGUACCAGGUUGAUUUUUUGAAAUUCUGCUUUCUUUCGCCAUUUCCACGCAAAGUUGGGUUUGGUCCAUUUCUUGGGGCACUUCUCGAUGUAGCGUUUUGUUCUGGUGCUGGUAUCUCCACUCACUUUGUUGAUUUGUCUGCCCCUUCCCCUUCCUGAUGUUCUCUCUGUUGCUGCUUUUGCAUAUUACUGUAUCGUUGAUGGUCGAUGUUGCGUGAAUGCAAUGUAUCGUUGGAAAAUUACAAACCGAACAAAUACCAAACUUUCGCUGA